AUGCUUGUCUUUUUCGCGCUGCUUGUUGUAACGAACAGCUUAGUCGUGGCUGAACAUACCGACUUGGUUGGAAUGGAUUUACCUCUCCUGAUCAGAUGCAGUCGCCAGGCAUCACCUAAACAUAUAGGAAUAUGCCUAAAGCAGAGCAUAAAUUCGAUGAAGCAUUACUUAGAGACUGGCAUUCCAAAUAUGGAAAUACCGUCUUUCGAACCGUAUUAUACGGAGCGCUAUGAGUUCAUCCCGAAAGGUGAAAAUAAUGGUACUCUGGAUUUGACGGAUGUAAGGGUAUACAAUCUAACAACUUUCGUGAUAAAACAAGUCGAAGUUAAUCCCAAUGUAUCUCAGAUUAAAUUGGAAGUGCACUUUCCAUCCAUCCGAUUUUUCGCUAUGUACGACAUAAACGCUACGAUCUUUGGUAUGUACUUGCAAAGAAGAGGACACGGAAUUGAUGGGCAUUUUAUAGACACAUUAGCCAACGUUACAAUAGAUGGACAUUAUGUUAUAAAGAUUAGCAACGAAGAAGAGUAUUUCAGUGUGCGUAAGGUCUCCGUGGAAUUGAGCAUGUCAGAAGCGAAGAUCAACUUAGACAACAAAAUCAACCCUGACCCCUUAGUAAACAAUAUAAACAGUUUUCUGACCGACAAAAGCAAAGCAGUAGCACACAACAUACGGCCUCAACUCCAGAUGGCCGCUGCCAGAAUCAUCCGUGUAAUCACUAAUAAGAUUUACAUGCAAUAUCCGAUAAGAUUUUUAAUGCCAACAUGA